UGUGAUAAAAUGUUUUUAAAUGUUUCAAAAUUAUUAUUGCAUUACAAAACAACAAUAAUAAUGGUUCCAUUAGUUUCAUUUUUAGCUGCUUUAAGAAUUUUAACAGAAGCCCAAAUCUGUAAUAAUGGUGAAGGUAAAAUAGUGUUUGAAAAAGUUUCAACAUUUCAAUCCACACCAGGCGAAUUACUUUCUAAUGAUUCUCAAUAUGAAAUUAUUACACGAACAAAUGUACCACCAUUAAAAGUUUUGGAAGAAUGUUUUCAUCAAUGUUUAGAAGAUCGUGUGAAAAAAAUUGGCACCUGUAGCCGUUUUGAUUUUCUUCCAGGCAAACGUAUGACGGAAGAUAGACAAUCAAAUGUUCGUAAACGAACACCGAAAAAUGUUGGUGAAAUAAAGGGUAAAUUUCUGGCUCAAUAUGAUCAAUCCAGUUGUGUAUUGUAUAAUCAGGCUAAUGGAACAAUCAACUGGGAUGAUGUUUCCAAUAAUCAUGGUUCCGUCUGGCAAUUUGACAAAGUCUGUCUUUCCUCUCAACACAUUAAUAAAAACUGUCCCAAUCGACCGUUUGUAUUUGAAAAGAUAUCUUCAUUCAAAUUGAUUGAUGAAAAACAUGGAAAAGAGAUUAUCGUACAAAAUAGAAAUGAAUGUGAAAAUAAAUGUCUGAUUGAACGGGAUUUUACUUGUAGAUCGGCCAGUUUCAUGACAACAACAAAUAAAUGUCAUCUGAAUCCAUCAAAUAGACAUGUUUCUUCAUCGGAAUUUCAAUCGGAUGUUCAAUAUGAAUACUUGGAAAAUAUGUGUUUGAAAAAUAAUGAAAUGUGUAAAUGGCGUAUAUUGAUCAUCGAAAAUCAAAAACAAUUAGAUUCGAAAUUUGAAAAACAUUCGAUUCUAACAUCAUCGAUGAACAAUUGUUCAACUUCAUGUCUGGAAAGUUUAGAUAGAUAUGGUUUUGUUUGUCGUUCAUUUAUGUUCGAUGAACCAAGUGAACAAUGUAUUCUAUAUGAUGAAGAUCCUGCUAAUCUGGCCGGCAAUUCAACUGAAUCCGAAAUGAAUUUUAUUACUUCUAAUGGAAAUCUUUAUCGUGUUCUUUGUUCAGCCGAUGAUAAAGAUAAAGAAUUAGAUAACAAGACUCUUGAAUGUUAUCGCCAUAAAAGAUUGCGCGGACGUCAUCAGAUGGAAAUGUAUACACGAAAUUUUUAUGAUUGCCUAACGGGAUGUUUAAGCAAAUUUGGUCGCAAUUGUCGUUCAAUCGAAUAUUCAUUUGUACAACAGAUCUGCCGUUUUAGUACUCUAUCAGUAGUUGGACCUAUCUCACCUGUAGAUAGUGAUGCACUCAUUGAUGAUGAACUAUUUGAUUAUUAUCAAUUCAAAUGGAGUGAUGAAUUGAACAAUCAAUCAUAUAACGGAACAAAUGGUGUUCAGGAUUCGAUCGAAACAAGCUAUUCCCAGCCAGGUAAUUAUAAAAAUUUUAUUCUACCAGCCGAUCGUGCUCGAGAUCGUGAUCAUCAUCGAGGAGGAUUUGUUCGGCCAUCAUCAUCAACAUCGCCCCAACAGACAAACGGUCGAAUACAUCCGACUCCAACGUACACGUUCAAUAUAGAGCAAAAACAGCAACCAGAAAUCGAUGGAUAUGAUCGUGUAAAUGAUAUUCAUCCUAUGUCAGAGCCAGCCAAACCAGAUUAUGAUCUAAUAAAGCCAAAUCAAAGAUAUCCAACCAUUAAUGUUAAUAAACCUCAAUUAGGUCCCAAUUAUGUAAUCAAUCAGCAAUCGGCACAGCCAGAUUUUCGAACAUUUGAUGACAGUCGAACACCAUCGAAUGGCAUUCAAGCUAAUCAAAUUUAUCCAGGUACUUCAAAACCGACUGAUAAUCUUCCAGUGUUUAAUAUCCCUCAGCAACGAGAAUUCGAAUCGACCACAUAUAGCCCAAAACAUACUAACAACGAUAAAGCACAUAUACCAUUUGAUCCUCGAUUAUUUCCCAAUCAACCGAUGCCAAAUCAUCCUAACAUUGUUGAUGUCAACAUUCAACCAUCCAUUUAUAACGAGAUAUAUCCAUCAUCUACUUACAUACAUCAACAUCCUCAUAGUAGUGAUUAUAAAACUCCUACAUUAAAUCAGAUUGGUUCGGAUAGAUCUCAAUUGCCUUUUCAAUCAAAUGGGGCAUCAAGCUAUCGAGUUUUGUCAACUUAUGGUGGGAAUAUUCAUUCAUCUCAACCAGGAUACGAUGUUCGAUCUUCGACUGAUAUGUAUCGAAAUCAAAUUGCAUAUCCUUCACCUACCUAUACAUACCAUAUCGAACAACGACGACUACCCGCGGAUGAAAUACUCAAAAAUAAUGAUCCAAGCCAACCAAAUAAUGAACAGCCAGUUCAAUCGCAAAUCUAUUCAGUACCUAGUAAUACCCAUACUGAGAUCUAUACAAUUCAACAGCAACGGUUGUUGCAUCAGAAUAGAACUGGUUCUAGAAUUCCUUUAACACCUCCAUCACGAUCACACCAACAAUCAACAUAUGAUCAUCAAACUAUCGAUAAUAGUGCUACUUUCAAUCAAUCAACGAUGACUCCCAAUGAAUUCAAACAACGUAUAUCUAUGUAUUACCCAGGACAAACAUUCCAAACUCAUAGCUAUGAUGGAUAUUCAAUACCGAGAAUUCAGAAUAAUGGUAUCAUUUCCGGUGGUCAUCCCAUUGCAAACACUUACACUAAUUACACCUCCUACAUUCCUUAUACUGGUCAUAGUCCUUAUAUUCAUAAAAAUCCGACAGUUCCUGGAAUUUCUUCAAGUUCUAAUCGUGAGCAUUAUAAUUUUCCAGCACAGAAAAAUUAUGAUCGCUAUGGACAUUUAUCACCUGGCUCAACAAAAGGAUCAAUCAAAGGACAAAAUAGCAUCACUAGUUCUGGUUGUGAUUCUGAACUAACUAUGCCUAUAGUCUCAUUCCAAAAAAUGGGUCUAAGCUCUCGUCUGAAAAGUAAACACAUUUAUAAGGUAGCACGAGCAGAACGUCUUGAAGAAUGUGAACGUUAUUGUAUGGAGACCAAAGAUUUUAUUUGCAAAUCAUUCAAUUUUCGACCAUUUUUUCCUGAUAAUUGUGAAUUGAGCAGUGUGGAUACAAAAAAAUUCAAAUUGGAUGAUUCUAAUCAUUUUGAACAUAAUACACAAUUUGAUUAUUAUGAACGAAAGGAAAAUCAACCUAAUACCAGCGGUAAUGGUUUGGAUUGUUUCGAAGUACUACAAAAUUGUUCACCUGAUGGGAUGGAGUUAAAACUCAAAACGCCUGAUGGUUUCUAUGGUCGUAUCUACACGUAUGGAUUUUACGAUUCAUGCUUUUUUGAUGGUAAUGGCGGUACAACCAGUGUAUUAAAAAUAAGUAAGCCAAAUGGCUUUCCUCGCUGUGGCACACAACAAAUUAAUCCGGAUGCAAUGACCAAUAUUGUUGUUGUACAGUUUAAUGAUUAUGUUCAAACAAGUCGUGAUAAGAAAUACAAUCUAACCUGUUAUAUUUCCGGACCGGGAGAAGCUGUUGUAACAUCGAAUUAUCUGGAUACGAAAACAGAUGGACGACAUCCGAUGCAAAUCGAACAUUUGCCAGCACAAAAUGUGCUAACAUCGAACAUUGUUCUACGGAUACUUUACCGAGGAACACCGACCAAUACAAUUGUUGUCGGAGAUUUGUUAACAUUCCGUUUGGAAGCUCGUAACCAAUAUCGAUUUAAUGGCUAUUAUAAUGACAUUUUCGCUACUAAUGUAAUCGCCAAAGAUCCAUAUACUGGCCGACAAGUUUUACUAAUCGACUCAAGAGGUUGUCCAGUUGAUUUGUACGUAUUUCCAGAAUUACAUAAAACCCCGGAUGGAGCAUUAGAAGCUGAAUUUUAUGCUUUUAAAAUACCGGAUUCAAAUUUUCUUGUAUUCCAGGCAACGGUUCGCACAUGCAAAGGACCAUGCGAACCUGUCAUCUGCAAAGAAAAAAGUCGAGGUGGAGCUGGAAUAUCGAGUGGAUCUAGCUCGGUUAAAGGUGGGGUAGUUUCGAAUUCUUAUAUGGAUUUUCCAUCAUGGGGACGUAAACGAAGAUCGAUUCUAAAUAUAACUGCUGAACAACUGCAAAAACGUCUUAAACCAAAAAAAUCUUCGAACAAAAAUUCCCAACAACAACAAACGAAUCAGGAAGAAGAAGAAGUUCAUGAACUUUUACGAGUUUAUUUAUCACAGGAAGAUAUACCCGAACCAGAAAUGUUACAAAGACCUUCAUCAAUGGAACAGCCAACAAUACCGUCUCCUGCCAUUGCUACCAAUAAAAUGUGCAUCGAUAAAACUGCCUACUUUAUUCUGUUAAUAUUCACAAUAAUGUUCUUUGUUUUAUUUAUCAUUAUAUUACCAUAUUGUAUGUUGGCUAAAUGGAUGAAAUCACACUAUGAUGAUGAGGAAAUAAAAAAUAAACGAAUCGCUAUGGAACAUUAUGGCGUUGGUGGAUGGAUGUCUAACGGAUGGCAACGGAUGUCAUCAUUAUUUAAAAUGCGACGUCAUUCUCGGUCAUGUGUUACAUCUCCACCGAUGAAACCUAUAAUUUUGAAUGGUCUGUAUGGACAUCAUCAAUUACAACGUACUUAUCAAACAUCAUCACCAUCAGCUUCAUUGACAAAUGAUUCAAUCUAUAGCAAUCUGAACAUCUGUAAUGGUCGGACACCAAAUAUAGAACGAUCAAGAAGUUUACAAAGUUUGAUGGUCAACAAAGAUCAAAUCAAUAAGACGACCAUUGCAGUUAAUUAUGAUUAAUAUAUUCAAUUUUUCGCUUUUUUUAUCUCACAAUUGUUUUUUAUCGAAUUACACACAUUUCCUUCCUUUAUUGAUUAUUUGUAUUUUACCUCAGAUAUUUUAUCGAUUUUUUCCCAAUUGAAAUACUUAAAC